GCUGCGGGCUGAGAAGACACAAGAGCCGUCGCUGUCGCCACAGUCGGAACCGUCUCAGCCACCGCCUGGAGCCGCCGGGACUCUCCACCUCGCCGCCCCCGCCCAGCCUGCCGCGCCAUGCCGUCGGAGAAAACCUUCAAACAGCGCCGAACCUUCGAACAAAGAGUAGAAGAUGUCCGACUUAUCCGAGAGCAGCAUCCUACCAAAAUCCCGGUAAUAAUAGAACGAUACAAAGGUGAGAAGCAGCUUCCAGUCCUGGAUAAAACAAAGUUCCUGGUGCCUGAUCAUGUCAACAUGAGUGAGCUCAUCAAGAUAAUUAGAAGGCGCUUACAGCUCAACGCUAAUCAAGCCUUCUUCCUGUUAGUGAAUGGACAUAGCAUGGUGAGUGUGUCCACGCCAAUUUGUGAAGUGUAUGAAAGCGAGAAGGAUGAAGAUGGAUUCCUGUAUAUGGUAUACGCCUCUCAGGAGACUUUUGGAAUGAAAUUGUCUGUGUAAGACUAAAAGAAAAUGUGUCUGUUCUAGAAUUUAAACCCUUACCAAGGAAUAAAAAAGGGAUGUUACCAACUGAGAUUGAUCAGUUCACCUAAUCACAGAUCAUCAAAACAGUAGUAGUGUUCCUGCCUAGGAGUUUUUAGCAAGUUGUUUUUUUGUACUUCAGGCAGAAAAGCUGGGCUCCAAAUGAGCACAUUCAGCUUUGGGAAACUUCAUUAUUUAACCUAGGCUGUCUUGUUUUCACAUUUAGAAGUUUAAAAAUAAAAUACUUUGCAUUCUAAGUUGCCAAUAAAAUAGACCUUCAAGUUAUUUUAAUGUUUUUCCCCCAAAAGGAACUUGCAAUUUGAGCAUUCAGAGAGACAUUCAGUCUUCUCUCUAGAGAAGAGAACCUGCCAGCUUUUUAUAGAAGGGUUUCUACUCAACUAGAGAGAUCUCCUUAAGAGGAUCUUUAAGCCUAAAUUGUCAGGCAUAGCCAACCCCCACCCCCAGCCCAUUUGCCAUAAUAGCUGGCAGAAAGCAGGGUGGAUGCGAGUGUAUAGGAAAUAAGAAAGCUGAGCUGCUGUCCAGGGUUCCUGAUUGCUAAUAAGCGUAUUUCACAUCAGUGCUCUUGUCAUAAAGUUUUCAUUUGGUUUGUUCUCUAGGCAGUAACGCAGAAAAAUACCACUGCUCAACAGGAACCUUGAAUAAUUUAUAAUUUUGGUCAAGUUUCUCAAAAGACCUAGAGAAAGAGAAUGACAUUUUUUUUUUUGUUUUGAAUAUUCUCUUAAGAGCUCAAAAUAGUGCCUGCUUUGGUAAAUAAACAAGCAGUUCCAUGGGUUUCAUUCUUCGGGACAAAGGUAGAAAGCUACAGGAUCCUGAAACAAAAAGCAUUAAAAUUCAGAUACACCUCCUCGACCUUUUGGCUUAAAGCUGUAGAUGAUCCGUGUUUUAUGUUACGUAUGUGACUAAAAUAUGUUAUUAAGUAUCUUUAAGGGUAUUUCAGUUAUCACAGUUAGGUCAAGCAGUCCUCAGAAUUCCCCCACUCCAUGUGCAUGUCAGUUUUGAAAAUAGCAAAAGGAAACAUGUUCUUCACAGAUAUUAAUGUCAAACGUUAAGCAUUUUCAGAGUCCUACUAGAAUAAAUAACCAGUGCUUCCUACUACCUGCAUGGGGUUCACUAUGUACUGUUUUUGUGAGAGCUGUCGCAGAAGGCUCACAGGCCCCCUUGAGACUGUACAGUGGCAGGUCGCCAUUAACCCUUGUGCAUUUAGACGUGUGUGUGGACAACUUGUAUCAGUGAGUGGCAGUUACUUAUCGUAACUGAGGAAGAAAAAGCAACAUUACCGCAUAUGGGCCCUCAACCCCGAUCAACUACUCUUCCCGAUGCAUGCAUCUGUCCACGUGGCUAACUUUUAAUAUGUAUAUUUUUACAUUAUGUAAAUUCUUUAUUAGCCUGUCUUGUUUAGAUUGUAUACAUCAUUAUAUCUGACAUUCUUGUAACUACUAUGUGACCGAUAAGAUUCCUUUAAGAAACUAUGCUUUUUAAAGACAAACGUACCACGCUGAGGGGUGACUUACUUAUAUCCCACAUUAGUGGGUGGUUACCCUAUUUAUAGGAUCUUUAAAACAAGUACAUUUUUAACGAACUAAGGUGAAUAAAGGCACAACUAAAAACUGUCAUCAAAGUUCAGUUUAAUGGAUUAGCAUUUGAGACUUGCAGUCUAUACCAUCCACAGCCAAGUGGGUCAUAUCCUUUCCAAUGAGGAGUGCUGAGGCUGGUUUCACUGUGCCAGGGUGGAGGGACACCCACCUCUGAAGGUCUCUGCCUUGUCAUAAGCGCCUCGGCUCGCAUUGGUCAAGGUCCUGACUGACUUCAAAAAACUCAAUUCUCUUAAAGGUACAGAUGUGCCACAAAGUACGGGGAGACGGGAUGGGGGAGCGACCUAGGUGUUUUGUGGAAACAGGCACUUGAAAACCUGAUCUAAAUGAACAAACGUGUAACACGAAAAGUACUGAGAGUGUGGGGGGCGUUGUGCGGCACAUGGGACCUGAGGUGGCCGUGUGGGGAGCCGCGUACAGUACAAACAGCAGAUGCGCACAUGCCCUCCACCCUCAGAGGCCCUGGAAGUGACCAAACAGAGGGGCUGCUAGCAGGUGCCAGGAGUGGCCAGCUGUGUCACCUGAUGCUACUUACCUGACAGGGGCCCUGACUAGUCCGAGAACCGUGUGCACGUUUUCCUCCGGGUGACGACAGGUCUGACGACAAGACCAAGAGAAAAUGGGGACUCCUGCUGGGGAAAAAGCCCCAGAAUUCUCCCUCUGGGGCCUGGCACUGCUCAGGACAGCACCGUAGUCCUGGGCGAGCACAGCACCAGCCCAAGUCCAGAGAGGACGUGGCCUUAGGUGGCAGGGCACAUUCAUCAUGAGUUUGGAAACGUCCAAAUGAUACUUGAUCUAGUAAUGCUAAUAACCUUGAUUGUUCACGGGUACCUGAGAGCUGGAACAUCUUUAAUCCAACCCCAAAUCAAUUCACAUUUCUAUUCACAGCAAGGACAUUUUUUAAACACCUAGGAAACGUGACAGAAAAUGGAUUUAAGACCAGGUGUCCCUUUUGCAAGGCUGGGAAGAAGGCGGAAAGGUCAGACUCCCUAGUUUGGAGGAUCGUGAUGUGAAAGGCUGUGUGCUUCAUACUCUAUGAGACAAAGACCUAAUAAAAAGAGACUGCUCUUUCUUUUUUUUAAUUUUUAUUUUCAGUACAUUAAAUUGACUCAUAAAAACAUUCUAAAAAUGUACAAUUUUUCCUUUUUAACAAAGUAUAAUAAAACAUAAAAACCCCAAAAACAGAAUACUUGACAUUUACAAUUCAAAAUCAAAUUAGCAGAAUAUUAAAUAUUUACAAAACUAUAUCUUUUAAAAAUAUUUAUAAAGUUACAUGCAAUUUUGUAGAAUUGACAUAAAAGAAUGGCUCAAAAAUGGGAGAAUUUUCCUUCAUUCCUAAAAAGAAAAUAUGUCCAAUAGAAGCUGGGAAGAUUCUUGAGUGUACACGAGGUCUUCAGUUUCAGUACCAAAGCCUGUCUUUGUGCAUCUAAGAACUUUACGCAUGUGAGGGGCUUCUUAACACCGGGGUGACCUGGCAGGCGCACCCCUCCCUCCAAUAACAGUGUAGUAACAUUGACCUUUGGCCUCAACCAGCACAGUACAUAGUUUGCGAGUGUUGAUUAAAGAUAACUCACUUUGAUUCAGAACCUCGGGGCUUUUCAGUAAUGGAGCCUCUUCAGAACCCAUGGCUUUAAAUGUCCCCUGCCUCAUUCAUUGGGAGUCAUCUGCACUUUGGAAAGGACGGCCAACCCGCUCAGGUUCCACAGGCCCAUCCACUGGGACGGGUGGUCGAGCUGAGCAGGGUCAGGGUUUCCCUUACAACCUUUAAGACUUCAACACGUAACGCCAUCAGUUAUCAGUGUGUAAAACUAGCAAGGCAUCAAAUAAGCCACCACGGAAGCAGGAGGAGUGACAACGACAGGGAGCGAGGAGGGCGUGGCCCACUUCCUGCUCAGCAAGUGCUCACUAGCAACACUGCAGUGAGUGGACAGAUGCAAGCCUCGGUCAGCCUGUGCUCAAACAGGAACGCAUUACAGCUGCAUAAUGUCAGGCAAAGUUACUACCCGCUAUGCAUCUCCAUACGUAGUGUGCCGUGUAACUAGCUAGGUGGACUUCUUGCGAUAAAGGACCUAGAAUUCUAAAUAGUGAAUUAAAAUACUGAACCUACUAACUACUGUAUUAACAAGCUGACUCGUGUAAUUUUUUGGAGAUUAUAAAUGAUGCUGGUUUUUUAAAAUACCCAAUCACAUGUCUGCUUUCAAGAAAAUAGCUUUUUCUUUAUUAUUCUAAGUGCUAGCUCCCAUUUUCUCAGUGCUCUUUAGCAAUUAGAAGUUUUUAACAUUUAUACACUUUCCAAUGUUCAAUAUAAUCAUAAAAUAAAAAUUAGAAAAUAAGGUAGAAAAUUGAGUGUUCUGCUUUAAAAAAAAAAAAAAGAUUAGUGUUUUA